AUGACAACACGACAUAAGGUUACUUUGGAAGAAUACAGACAAUUAGCUUAUGAUAAUAAAGAUAGUAAUGAUUUAUCACAAGGUCGAUUAGCUGAAAAAUAUAACAUCUCACUUCAUUGUAUUAUAUUAAAUGUGCACUAUUCUAAAGCGAUAGAUGGUGAAAUUAAACCAAGAGAACUUUCAGUUAUUGAUCCAGUUGGUGCUAUAGUGAUUAGUUUAUAUAUUAUUAUUUGUUGGAUUCCACAAAUUCGUCUUCAUAUUCGUAAUCUAACUGGUUAUACAGCUCGAUCCCAAUUUCUUCAACAAUUAACUAGGACACCACUUCAUCAUUCAUCUCUUGUCGAAAUUAAUAUUCUUCCUCCAAAUGAUUUACAUCGUGCUAAAGCGAAAGGUUCCUAUUUUAAAUUUAUAAUUAGAUCAGAUAUGAAUGUUAAAAUAUCUGCUGAGAAAAAUGAUGCAAAUACUUUUGCUAUGGAUACUGUUGAUCAAGAAAAACAAUCGCAUGAAAUUGAACCAACAACAGAAGAACUUAAUACUUUAGAACAUAUUCCUGAUCAUAUUCCAUUAGCUGCUUGGAUGAUUGUUGUUUGUAAGUUCUGUGAAUCGUUCACUUUCUAUGGUAUGUCCGGACCAUUUCAAAACUAUAUUCAGUUUCCUGUACCUGGCUCAAAUGAUACACAACCUGGUGCACUUAAUCGUGGUCAUCAAACUGCAACAUUAUUAACAACAUUUUUUGGUUUUUUCUGUAGUAUAAUCCCCAUCGUCGGUGCUAUUGUUGCUGAUCAAUUUUGGGGAAAAUAUAAAGCAAUAUUUAUAUCAUGUAUUAUUUAUAGUGUUGGUCUCUCUGUACUUGUUGUAUCAAGUAUACCAGUAUCAAUUAAUGCUGGAACUGCAUUACCAGGUCUGAUUAUUGCAAUGAUUAUAAUAGGCAUAGGUUCAGGAGGUGUCCAGAGUAAUUUUAUUCCACUGAUGGGUGAACAAUAUACAAGAAAAACACUUAUAGUUAAAGGUAAGAUGAUAUUAUCUAAGAAAAAACAAGGUAUUCAAACAUCUGUCUUUUUAGAAAUCAAAGGUAAAAAGAAGAUAAUUGAUCCACAAAUAACAAUUCAAUCACUAUUCAAUUGGUCGUAUUGGGUAGUGAGUUUAGCUUCAUUAUCUCCGUUAUUAACGACUUAUGUUGAAAAAUAUCAUUCAUUUUGGCUUGCAUAUUUGAUACCAUUGAUUGUCUUUAUGGGUGCAAUUAUAGUUUUAGUAUUUGGUUAUCAGCGAUACAUACGAGCACCACCCAAUGGUUCAUUACUUAUUCAGGCAUUUCGUGUCAUCAAAAUAGCUUUCCGACUACGACGGAAACUAGGUAAACAAGAUCAUAUCAAACAUAUGCUCGACUAUGCAAAGCAAGUAGAAACAUCAGAUGAAACAACAGAAACUAAUGAGAAAAUGAAUGUGUUUAUUGAUGAUCUAAAACAAGCUAUUCAUGCUUGUCGAGUCUUUGCAUUUUAUCCAAUUUAUUGGAUAUGUUACAAUCAAAUGUAUAAUAAUUUAACAUCACAAGCUGCACAAAUGAAUGUUGGUCCUUUACCUAAUGAUAUUUUACAAAAUAUUGAUCCAUUUGUAUUAAUUAUAUUUAUACCAAUAUUUGAAAAAAUAAUUUAUCCUUUAUUACGACGACUGAAUAUUAACUUUAAACCUAUACUACGUAUUACUUGUGGUUUUAUUGUUGUUUCACUUGCAAUGGCAUGGACUGCUAUUGUACAACAUCUAAUUUAUUCAACUGGACCAAACUAUUCUUUUACUCCUCAACCUUGUUCCACGUGUCAAAAAUAUAAUAAUAUAACUGUUGCUUGGCAGAUUCCAUCCUAUUUUUUAAUUGCUAUAUCAGAAAUAUUUGCAAAUAUAACAGGUUUAGAAUAUGCAUUUACUCAAGCACCAACAUCAAUGAAGUCUAUUGUGAUGUCAUUAUAUGUAUUUACAUCAGCUAUUGGUAGUGCACUUAGUUUUGCACUUAUACCUGUAACGGUUGAUCCAAAACUGUUAUGGAUGUAUACAUCAUUAUCAAUUGUUGCAUUUGUAAUUGGUAUUAUAUUUUAUGUUACAUUUCGCAAUGACGAUAAAGAUCGAAAUUGUGUGUUGCCUGAAGAAACAUCAACAAAUCCUCCAAAACAAGGAGAUAUAUAA